AUGGCAGCAAGAUCAAGAGAGCAAAGAAUGAUUUUACUAGGUGAUGAGCAUGAAGAGGUCCUCAAUAGCACAGUCAUGUUGGCAAAGGCGUACUGGCUUAACGGCCGGUGGGAGGAGGCCGAGCAGCUACUGGUGCAGGUGAUAAAGACUCAUAAGACGAAGCUCGGCGAGGAACAUCCCUCCACGCUGGUGAUUGUGGCCAACCUGGCGUCGACUUACAGGAACCAGGGACGGUGGGAGGAGGCUGAGCAGAUCGAUAUGCAUGUGAUAAAGACGGGCAAGGCGAAACUCGGCGAGGACCAUCCCAUCACGCUCACCAGUAUGUCCAACCUGGCAUCGACGUACAGGGACCAAGGGCGGUGGAAGGAGGCCGAGCAGCUCUUUUUGGAUGUGAUAAAGAUUCGCAAGACGAAGCUCGACGAGGACCAUCCUGACACGCUCACCAGUAUGACCAACCUGGCAUCGACGUACAGGGACCAAGGGCGGUGGAAGGAGGCCGAGAAGCUCGAUCUACAGGUGAUGAAGAUAAGCAAGAUGAAGCUCGGCGAGGACCAUCCCUCCACGCUGACCAGUAUGGCGAAUGUAGCAUCAGCACUUUGUAACCACGGCCGGUGGAAGGAGGCCGAGCAGCUCUUUUUGGAUGUGAUAAAGACUCGCAAGACUAAGCUCGACGAGGACCAUCCUGACACGCUCACCAGUAUGGCGAAUCUGGCGAUAACGUACAGCAACCAACGCCGGUGGGAGGAGGCCGAGCAGCUCUUUUUGCAUGUGAUAAAGACUCGCAAGACUAAGCUCGGCGAGGACCAUCCUGACACGCUCACCAGUAUGGCGAAUCUGGCGGUAACGUAUAGUAAACAGGGCCGGUGGGAGGAGGCCGAGCAGCUCUUUUUGGAUGUGAUAAAGACUCGCAAGACUAAGCUCGACGAGGACCAUCCUGACACGCUCACCACUAUGGCGAAUAUGGCGAUAACGUAUAGGAACCAUGGCCGGUGGGAGGAAGCCGAGCAGCUCGAUGUGCAGGUGAUGAAGACUCGCAAGACCAAGCUCGGUGAGGACCAUUCCGACACGCUGUCGAGUAUGGCCCACCUGGCGGCGACGUACAGUAAACAGGGCCGGUGGGAAGAGGCCGAGAAGCUCCAGGUUCAGGUGAUGAAGACUCGCAAGACCACGCUCGGCGAGGACCAUUCCGACACACUGUCGAGUAUGGCCCACCUGGCGGCGACGUAUAGCAACCAGGGCCGGUGGGAGGAAGCCGACAAGCUCGAGUUGCUAGUGAUGGAGACACGCCAGACCACGCUCGGCGAGGACCAUCCUCGCACGCUAUCGAGUAUGGCCAGGCUAGCGGCGACGUACAGCAACCAGGGCCGGUGGGAGGAGGCCGAGAAGCUCGAGGUGCAAGUGAUGAAGACACGCCAGACCACGCUCGGCGAGGACCAUUCCGACACGCUGUCGAGUAUGGCCCACCUGGCGGCGACGUACAGUGACCAGGGCCGGUGGGAGGAGGCCGAGAAGCUCCAGGUUCAGGUGAUGAAGACUCGCAAGACCACGCUCGGCGAGGACCAUUCCGACACACUGUCGAGUAUGGCCCACCUGGCGGCGACGUAUAGUGACCAGGGCCGGUGGGAGGAAGCCGAGAAGCUCCAGGUGCAGGUGAUGAAGACGAGCAGGAUGAAACUCGGCGACGACCAUCCUGACGCGCUCUCGAGUAUGGCCCACCUGGCGGCGACGUAUAGUGACCGAGGCCGGUGGGAGGAAGCCGAGAAGCUCCAGGUGCAGGUGAUGAAGACGAGCAGGAUGAAACUCGGCGACGACCAUCCUGACGCGCUCUCGAGUAUGGCCCACCUGGCGGCGACGUAUAGUGGCCGAGGCCGGUGGGAGGAAGCCGAGAAGCUCGAGGUGCAAGUGAUGGAGACUCGCAAGAGGAAGCUCGGCGAGGACCAUCCUCGCACGCUAUCGAGUAUGGCCAGGCUAGCGGCGAUGUACAGCAACCAGGGCCGGUGGGAGGAGGCCGAGAAGCUCGAGGUGCAAGUGAUGAAGACUCGCAAGACGACGCUCGGUGAGGACCAUCCUGACACGCUUACCAACCAUUAUGGCUAA